UCGGCGGCGGGUGGCGGCGCCUGGAACCUGGAGAGACCGAGCCACCACCCCCCCCCCCCAGCUCUCGCCCGGAAUGUACUGACUCCCCUUCUCUGCUCUCCUCUCCGCCCUGCUGCAGGAGGGAGGCGUCCCGAAGUCUUUCCCCUUGGGCGCGCGAGGGGGCCGCGCGGGCUGGCCGGGCUGGGCCGGGCUGGAGCCGAGCCUACGGCGCAGAGACCGGCUGAGGCGCGCUGAGGGAAGGGCGCGAGCGCUCCGCGGCGCUGUCGCCGCCGCCGCCGCUCGCGGGGCAGAGAUGGCGGCAGAGCGCGAAGCCAGGCGACUCCUCAGCACCUCCUCCUCCCGGCGCUGCUACCCCACACCGCUGCUGCUGUUGCUGUUGCUGCCGCGGCCGCUGCUGUCCGGCGCCGCGGCCGUGAGGAGCGGCUCCCCGCCGCAGUCCGCAGGAGCCAGUGUUCGAACAUUCACUCCAUUUUAUUUUCUGGUGGAGCCAGUGGAUACGCUCUCAGUUAGAGGCUCUUCUGUUAUAUUAAACUGCUCAGCAUAUUCUGAGCCUGCUCCAAAAAUUGAAUGGAAGAAAGAUGGAACUUUUUUAAACUUAGUAUCAGAUGAUCGCCGCCAGCUUCUCCCAGAUGGAUCUUUAUUCAUCAGCAGUGUGGUGCAUUCCAAACACAAUAAGCCCGAUGAAGGUUUCUAUCAGUGUGUAGCCACUGUUGAUAAUCUUGGAACUAUUGUCAGCAGAACAGCCAAGCUCACAAUAGCAGGUCUUCCGAGAUUUACCAGCCAACCAGAACCUUCCUCCUCAGUAUAUGCUGGAAACAGUGCAAUUCUGAAUUGUGAAGUUAAUGCAGAUUUAAUCUCAUUUGUAAAGUGGGAACAGAAUAGACAGCCUCUUCUUCUGGAUGACAGGGUUGUCAAACUUCCAAGUGGAUCACUGGUUAUCAGCAACGUGACUGAAGGAGAUGGAGGACUCUACCGCUGCAUAGUUGAAAGUGGUGGGCCACCAAAGUAUAGUGAUGAAGCUGAAUUGAAAGUUCUUCAAGGUCCUGAGGAAAUACCAAACUUGGUGUUUUUGAUGCGACCAUCUUCUGUGAUCAGAGUUACUGGUCAGAGUGCAGUGUUGCCAUGUGUUGCUUCAGGACUUCCUUCUCCAGUUAUUAGAUGGAUGAAAAAUGAGGAGGUGCUUGACACAGAAAGCUCUGAAAGGUUGGUCUUGCUAGCAGGAGGUAGUUUGGAGAUUACUGACAUCACUGAGGAUGAUGCUGGGACUUAUUUUUGUAUAGCUGAUAAUGGAAAUAAGACAAUUGAAGCUCAGGCAGAGCUUACUGUGCAAGCUCCACCUGAAUUCUUGAAACAACCUGCUAACAUAUAUGCUCACGAAUCCAUGGAUAUUGUAUUUGAAUGUGAAGUCACUGGGAAGCCAACUCCAACUGUGAAGUGGGUCAAGAAUGGGGAUGUGGUUAUCCCAAGUGAUUAUUUUAAAAUUGUAAAGGAACAUAAUCUUCAAGUUUUGGGUCUGGUGAAAUCAGAUGAAGGGUUCUAUCAAUGCAUUGCUGAGAAUGAUGUUGGAAAUGCACAAUCUGGAGCCCAGCUGAUAAUCCUUGAGCAUGAUGUUGCCAUCCCAACAUUACCUCCCACUUCACUGACCAGUGCCACUACUGACCAUCUAGCACCAGCCACAACUGGACCACUGCCUUCAGCUCCUCGGGAUGUCGUGGCCUCUCUGGUCUCUACCCGCUUUAUCAAAUUGACAUGGCGUACACCUGCAUCAGAUCCUCAUGGGGACAACCUCACCUACUCUGUGUUCUACACCAAAGAAGGGAUUGCUAGGGAGCGUGUUGAGAAUACCAGUCAGCCAGGAGAGAUGCAGGUGACUAUUCAAAACUUGAUGCCAGCAACCGUGUACAUCUUCAAAGUUAUGGCUCAAAAUAAACAUGGUUCUGGAGAGAGUUCAGCUCCUCUAAGAGUAGAAACACAGCCUGAAGUUCAGCUCCCUGGCCCAGCACCUAAUAUCCGAGCUCAUGCCACGUCACCUACUUCUAUCACUGUCACAUGGGAAACACCACUGUCCGGCAAUGGGGAAAUUCAGAAUUACAAAUUGUACUACAUGGAAAAAGGGACUGAUAAAGAACAGGAUGUUGAUGUUUCAAGUCACUCCUACACUAUUAAUGGACUGAAAAAAUACACAGAGUAUAGUUUCCGAGUGGUGGCCUACAAUAAACAUGGUCCUGGAGUCUCCACACAAGAUGUUGCUGUUCGAACAUUAUCAGAUGUUCCCAGUGCUGCUCCUCAGAAUCUGUCCUUAGAAGUGAGGAAUUCAAAGAGUAUAGUGAUUCACUGGCAGCCCCCUUCUGCAGCCACACAAAACGGGCAGAUUAUUGGCUACAAGAUUCGUUACCGAAAGGCCUCCCGAAAAAGUGAUGUCACUGAGACCUUAGUAACUGGGACACAGCUAUCUCAGCUGAUUGAAGGUCUUGAUCGGGGGACAGAAUAUAACUUCCGAGUAGCUGCUCUCACAGUCAAUGGUACAGGACCAGCAACUGAUUGGCUGUCUGCUGAAACUUUUGAAAGUGACCUAGAUGAAUCUCGUGUUCCUGAAGUGCCUAGCUCUCUUCAUGUCCGUCCACUUGUCACUAGCAUCGUAGUAAGCUGGACUCCUCCAGAGAACCAGAACAUUGUGGUUCGAGGUUAUGCCAUCGGUUAUGGCAUUGGCAGCCCUCAUGCACAGACCAUCAAAGUGGACUAUAAACAACGUUAUUACACCAUUGAAAACCUGGAUCCAAGCUCUCAUUAUGUGAUUACCCUGAAAGCAUUCAACAAUGUUGGUGAAGGCAUCCCCCUUUAUGAGAGUGCUGUGACCAGACCUCACACAGACACUUCUGAAGUUGAUUUAUUUGUUAUUAAUGCUCCAUACACUCCAGUGCCAGAUCCCACUCCCAUGAUGCCACCAGUGGGAGUUCAGGCUUCCAUUCUGAGUCAUGACACCAUAAGGAUUACAUGGGCGGACAACUCCCUGCCCAAACACCAGAAGAUUACAGAUUCCCGCUACUACACAGUCCGGUGGAAGACCAACAUCCCAGCAAACACCAAGUAUAAGACUGCAAAUGCAACAACUUUAAGCUAUUUGGUUACUGGCUUAAAGCCGAAUACGUUAUAUGAAUUCUCUGUGAUGGUGACCAAAGGUAGAAGAUCAAGCACAUGGAGUAUGACAGCUCAUGGAGCUACGUUUGAAUUAGUUCCUACUUCUCCACCUAAAGAUGUGACCGUUGUGAGUAAAGAAGGAAAACCUAGGACCAUAAUAGUGAACUGGCAGCCUCCCUCUGAAGCUAACGGCAAGAUUACAGGUUACAUCAUCUAUUACAGCACAGAUGUGAAUGCAGAGAUACAUGACUGGGUCAUUGAACCUGUUGUGGGAAACAGACUGACUCACCAGAUUCAAGAGUUAACACUUGAUACACCAUACUACUUCAAAAUCCAGGCCCGGAACUCCAAAGGCAUGGGGCCCAUGUCUGAAGCUGUCCAGUUCAGAACACCUAAAGCCUUAGGAUCAGCAGGAAAAGGAAGCCGACUGCCAGACCUAGGAUCUGACUACAAACCUCCAAUGAGUGGCAGCAACAGCCCUCAUGGGAGCCCCACCUCUCCUCUAGACAGCAAUAUGCUGCUGGUCAUCAUUGUCUCUGUUGGUGUCAUCACCAUUGUGGUGGUUGUGAUCAUCGCUGUCUUUUGUACCCGGCGUACCACUUCUCACCAGAAGAAGAAACGAGCUGCCUGCAAAUCAGUGAAUGGUUCCCAUAAGUAUAAGGGCAACUGCAAAGACGUGAAGCCCCCAGAUCUAUGGAUCCAUCAUGAGAGACUGGAGUUGAAGCCUAUUGACAAGUCUCCAGAUCCAAACCCUGUCAUGACUGAUACUCCAAUCCCUCGAAACUCUCAAGAUAUCACACCAGUCGACAAUUCCAUGGAUAGCAAUAUCCAUCAAAGGCGGAAUUCAUACAGAGGGCAUGAGUCAGAGGACAGCAUGUCUACACUGGCUGGGAGGAGGGGAAUGAGACCAAAAAUGAUGAUGCCUUUUGACUCUCAGCCACCUCAGCCUGUGGUUAGUGCCCAUCCCAUCCAUUCCCUCGAUAACCCUCACCACCAUUUCCACUCCAGCAGCCUCGCUUCUCCAGCCCGCAGCCAUCUCCACCACCCAAGCAGCCCAUGGCCCAUUGGCACAUCCAUGUCCCUUUCAGACAGGGCCAAUUCCACAGAAUCUGUUCGAAAUACCCCCAGCACGGACACCAUGCCAGCCUCCUCAUCUCAAACAUGUUGCACUGAUCACCAGGAUCCUGAAGGUGCUACCAGCUCCUCUUACUUGGCCAGCUCCCAAGAGGAAGACUCAGGCCAGAGCCUUCCCACAGCCCACGUUCGCCCUUCCCAUCCAUUAAAAAGCUUUGCUGUGCCAGCAAUCCCACCCCCAGGACCUCCUAUCUAUGAUCCUGCAUUGCCAAGCACACCAUUACUGUCCCAGCAAGCUCUGAACCACCACAUUCACUCAGUCAAAACAGCCUCCAUCGGGACUUUAGGAAGGAGCCGGCCUCCUAUGCCAGUGGUUGUUCCCAGUGCCCCGGAAGUACAGGAGACCACCAGGAUGCUGGAAGACUCCGAGAGUAGCUAUGAACCAGAUGAGCUGACCAAAGAGAUGGCCCACCUGGAAGGACUAAUGAAGGACCUAAAUGCCAUCACAACAGCUUGAUGACCUUCACCUGGACAUGACUCCAAGCCUGAGUCUAGAAGUCUUGGAACUUAACCUUGAAAACAAGGAAUUGUACAGAGUACGAGAGGACAGCACUUGAGAGCAGGAGCCAGCAGACCAGCCAGUGCCUCCACAUGGGGCUGGCUCCAGGCACAGCCACCUGCCUUCUCCUGGUCAGCCUGGAUGACGCUUUUGUUGAGGCAGCUUCCCUUUGCCUGCUGAUAGUCUGCAGGACUGGGCACCAUGGGCCAAAAUUUUGUGUCCAGGGAAGAGGCAAGAAGUGCAACCUGCCUUUCACUUUGUGGUCAGUGGCUGUGUCUUCGUGCUGCAGCUGCAUCACGUUUAUGGAGUGUAGACAUUGGCAUUUAUAUGUACAAUUUUGUGUCCUAUUUUAUUUUAUCUUAAAGAAAACACUAUCAAAAGCCAAGGAAGUCUGUGAUGUUCUCUGCAAGCAGUUGACGCUUGAUUGCUGGUUCCAGUUACUUAUGGAAAGUCAUUGACAGUGGGGUUGUUUGACACCAUUGACAGGGGUUGGCUUGUUUGGGGUUUUGUUUUUAUUUUUUUAAUUCUGAGACAUUGCAUCCUCUGCCAGCUGUUAAUCCAUCACUUUGGGGUUGGGGGACGUUGCAUUGCUGUUUGUAAGCUUUUUUAUUAUUUUUUUAUUGUAAUUAUUAAAGGCCUGACUUUCUCCUCUCA